GGAUUAUAAUAAUAAGAAGAAGAAAACAGAAAAACGGUGUCUGUUUGACGAUUGAAGAAGAGAGAGAAGAGUGAGACAAAAAGGAAAAAGUUCGUAGUGGUUUCAUAUCAUUGAUCUGAUGAGCCGUGAGCGAGAUUUGAUGGCUCAACCGUGAAGCGGAUCCUAUGCCUAGCGUCUUCGCCUAUGGUUUUGAAGGUCGUUGUGGUGAUUUUUUGGAUUAGUUUGGGGGUAUAUUAGUGAAUGGAUACCGCCGGCGGUGGUGGAGUUAGCCGGAGAAGGAUGCUGACGGCAGACCGGAAGUUUGAUUCUCCAAACCUUAGAGAUUUUCUGAGAGUGAAAGAGGUGAGCAACAGCAAUGGAGGCAGUGACAAUAUGGCGGGCCUGACGCUAGGCGAUGUGUUGUGUAGAGAGCCAAGAUCGACUACGGCGGAGCUGCCGCACCGGACUCUCCUCGAUAUCAUACGGGACGAGCCGUUCGUAAGCAAGGAAAACCGGAAGACAUGGAAACACUUUACGGAGAAGCUCCGUCUCAAGCUCCCUGGCUCCGCCUGCACCUCCACCGGUCCCGACCCCGUCCCCGUCCCCGCCGACGUUACACCGCUCCAGCAGAUUGACAAUCGGACGACGGAUGCGUCGCGUUCCACGCGGUUUUCUGCGGCGAAUAGUGCUUCCGAGGCGGAGCGUCCGAGCGUCCGAUUGAUUCAGCCGGAAUUGACGGCAUCCUCAGAACCGCCGCGUAGAGAGUCGGAUUCAGCUACUUUGAUCGUACUACUGCAAAGGAGCUCUAGCCGCGCCGUGGAUAGAGAAACCUCGAGAUUCGAUGAGGCGGAAGCGAACGGUGAAAGCAGAGAAGCUUCCGGCGGCGGUGAGUUAGAACCCGACGCCAGGGUGGACCAACCUGCAAGACUGUCAUUAAUGGCGUUGCUGGCGGAGACUGACCGCGAAAUGGGCAUCGACGGCGCCGCUUACGUGCUAGGUGAAGAAGAAACCGAAGACGAGACCGCCGCCGCCGCCGCCGGCGACGGCGGAAAGUUCAUCCUAGAAAACUGCUGUGUGUGCAUGGUCAGACACAAGGGUGCGGCAUUUAUACCCUGUGGACACACAUUCUGCAGGCUAUGCUCGAGGGAGCUCUGGGUUCAAAGGGGAAGUUGUCCUCUCUGCAACAAUUCAAUAUCAGAAAUUCUUGACAUCUUCUGAUCAAUUCAUCAAUUCUCCACAAGACCAAAACCCCAGGUUUAAACAUUCACUCCAAAUUACCUGCGCAGUAAUUUCCCUUAUCUUUCACUACUCAUAUUUCCAUUACAGUAAAAAUUGGAUUGAAUCAUCAAUUCUUUUUUCCCUGUUUUCUGUGCAUUAUUUUUAGCCGAUCAAUGAGAAUUCUGUUGAUAAUUAGUACUAUAAAAACUAUGCAUUUAAAAGGAAAAA